CCCUGAGUCACCCAGCCGAUCAGAGGUGACUGGGAGUAGACCCACCACGGACACCCUGGAGAAAGGCUCUGAAGCAACAGGGGUCUUGAGGAGCCAUGGCCACGGAAGCCCCGGUGAAUACAGCGCCCCCUGAACGCAGCACUGCUGUCAGCACAGCAGCUGGCAGCUUCAUUUGGCAGCCAGACUCACUAAACACGCACGUCACAAGGCCCAAGUCUGCCAAGGGACGCACUCGGCCAAGUCUGCAUAAGCCCGCGGGCACGGAGGGAUGCCGCAGCCUCACGCCAUCUUCACCUCCAGCCAUUCCCCGCGAGUCGCCGAGCAGCCAGAAACCGGCAGCCUGCACACCCAGAUCUCCAAGUCAGGGAGCCCCCGAUGAGAUCCCGGAGCUGCUGCAGCAGGUGCCCACAGGGGCAUCAUCUUCCCUCAAUAAAUACCCAGUCCUUCCUUCCAUCAACAGGAAGACCCUGGAGGAGGCGGCCCUGGAAACAGUUGCUAAAAAGGCUGGUUCCCUGCAGCUGAGCAGCACCCAGGCUCUUUACCAAGCGGAGACCUGCACCGUGAAGACGAGUGAAGAAGGUUCCCGAGCUCAACCUUGUUCCCCGGAGAGGAAAUGCAUCGUGCGGACCAAGAGACAAAGCUCCUAUAGGGCCAGAGACCUGGAGGAACCGUCAGAUCAAGAGCCAACGCUGCUGCUUGCCGUCAGAUCACCGUCAGGACGAAGGUUUGUCCACCCUUUCCGGCCAACUGAUGACUUACACACCGUUGUCGCCGUGGCCGAACACAAGAACGAGGCCACGUACCGACACUGCAGCAUUGAAACGAUGGAGGUGCCCAGGAGACAUUUCUCUGACCUCACCAAGUCUCUGCAGGAGUGCGGAAUCCUCCACAAGUCGGUGCUGGGCAUCUCACAGGAAGAUGGGGAGGGAUGGCCCUGAGUCCGCAGCCACCCAGCUGGGGUCCUGGGUCUCUGAGCAAGGAGCGUGGUUGGGCGCCACGGCCUCCCGGGCAGCUUGGUUCCAAGUGCCAUGUGAAUCUGGUGCAGCUGUGACUCUUGGGACACUCACCCUCAGCACAUCUUCUUUGAAGCAGUGAAAUCUACACAGGCACCAAAUGCAUUAAGAGGAUUCUCUUGCAGUUGUUAAACUCUCUCCACCACGGGAGUGAACUGGCAAGUGACCAAGGCUGUUCCUGGAACAGCUGUGACCAGGCCUUCUCCUUUUCUCCUUGGGUCCUUUCUGAAGCACCUGCUUACCUUUACAAUGAACUUGCACUCUCUUGAAGCCAAUGGUUUGCCUUUCUGUAUUUGAUGCAGGAUUAAACACUUCCCAGAGAGGAUUCUGGUCUGGUAAAUAACC